AUGAACGUUAUAAUAAUCUCUUCACCCAUCCUCUUAUUUCUAUUGACCAUAUCAGGAUCCAAUGCCCAAGACCCCAUUCUUGAAUUAUCGAUACCACCAAGCUCAGUCCCUACAUCCUCGGUGGCAACGAGUACUACAAUAAGGCCAAGCGUCAGUCAGAUUCCCACGAUAGCAGCAGAAGCAGCCCCUACCACAAGCUUGGAACCAACACUUACAAACAAGCCUUCGGUUUCUACUUCAUCGCCGACAUGGGAGGUGUGCGGAAAUACGCAAGGCUGGUAUACUGAAGAUCAGAUCUAUUACAAUUGCAGAUGGAAUAUUGUGAAGCUUUCCUGCGACGACGAUCGAGUCGAGUGCUGGUAUCUUGGACCCUUGGGAUACGCAGCGCAAAACUGCUGCAGGUGUAAAUUUGAAUGUGAGGGGCAAUGCAAUGAUCCGAUUCAUGUCGAGGAUCCGUCAUCUAAUGAUGAUCAGUUUUCCUGCCUCCAUGGUGGAAGCGGAAGCGGGUACAACAAUGGUGGGUACUACGACUAUACUGACGACGAUUUGUUCUCUACCGACGGCUCGGAUACUGCUAUCAUAGCGAUACUUCUCAGUCUCUUAGGCUUGGCAUGUUGUGCUCGCUUGUUUUAUAACAACCAAGGUCAGCGUCCUGCUCGACGUGAAGUUCAGCAGACCAUGACAGCUAGGCGACAACAAUACCGUGCAAACAAUACAAGCAUUCAAGGGUUGACUGAGGAAGAACAAAAUCAUGCCCGAUAUGAGCAAUUUGUUACCAGCUUUUAUUUCCAAACUGUCUUGUCGGAUAAAUCCAACAUCACUGCAGAUAGUUUGAGAAAUUCAGCGUUCAGCACCACUCCCAAGCCCAACGAGGACGAGGGGCAUCAUUCAUCUCCUGCCGCAAACGAUCACGACGAUGAUGACGAUGAUGCGUCCAAAGUUGAUGGAACACAAGGCCGGUUGUCUCGGCGUCUAUCGAGCUGGAGGAACCCCUCCGCAAGGGACGAAUGCUGCAUAUGCCUGGAGUGUUAUGCUGCAGGCGAGACGAUCUGUGCUCCAAUCACAACGGAAUGCAACCAUGUAUUUCACGAAGGGUGCAUAAAUGAGUGGCUAACGAAGAAUGAUAAGUGCCCUUUGUGCCGAGUAGAACUACUAAAGGAUUAG